AUGGGAACCAAUACUUGCUUCAAGUGUGGUAAAGCAGGACACAUGGCACAAGAAUGUCCCGCGUUAGCUGUUCCUCUUGCUCAACUGGCUAAUCCUGGAUUGAAGAAGGUGGCUCCGGCUCAAGUCUUCACUCUUAAAAUGGAUGAUGCUGAUGCGUUCAAAGAUGUGCGCCUCCCCUUGACCGGCCAAUACAACUCCAAAGACUUUGUCCUCUCCAUCCGACGCCCCAGAUCGAUCAUCAUCCUCGUCAAAGCCGGUAAUCCGGUUGACCAGACCAUUGCCGCACUCUCCUCCUUCAUGGAACCUGGUGACACCAUCAUUGACGGCGGAAACGAGUGGUACGAGAACACCGAGCGCCGAAUCCACGAGGUCUCGAAAAAGGGCCUCCUCUACCUUGGGAUGGGCGUGUUGGGGGGCGAAGAGGGUGCCUGUAACGGCCCUUCUCUCAUGCCCGGGGGAUCCUAUCAGGCCUACACCAAUAUCCAGGACAUACUCGAAAAUGUUGCCGCCCAGGUAAAAAACGAUGGGCCGUGCGUCACCUAUAUCGGCGAGGGCGGCUCGGGGAACUUCGUGAAAAUGGUCCACAACGGGAUUGAGUUUGGCGACAUGCAGCUCAUCUCGGAGGCCUACGAUGUGUUGAAGAACGUUGGGGGGCUAUCGAACCAGGAACUUACGAAGAUCUUUGCGGAGUGGAAUAGAGGGGAAUUGGAGAGUUUCUUGAUUGAGAUUACUGCAGAUAUAUUCAGGGUUAAGGACGAACAUGGAGAUGGGGAUUUGGUGGAUAAGAUUUGGAUAAGACCGGAAUGA